AUGGCCGACCGAUUCCCUUCGUUAGAUGAGUUCGAUGCCGGCCAGACCGAAGCACAAGGCUCAUCAGCACUCAACAACCUCGAGUCGGAGGAGCCAUCGGACUUCUUGGCUCGUGAGCGCGCAGCACUAGGAGAGGACGCAGAACAAUUCACAACCGACGCAGACCGGACAGCUCAGGUGGCGGACGGCGAUGAUGAUGACCUGCUUGGCGGAGGAUCCGCGCCCAUGAACGCCGCCGCAACUAACGGCGACUCAGCAAACGACAUGAUGGGUGACUUCGAGAGCUCCUUCCCAGCAGUCGACACGCAGAAUGAGGCGGUCGCGCCAGGUGGCACUAUCACAGGCUCGAGCUUGCCAUAUCGCGCACCACAGUCCUCCGAAUACCAAGAUUACGAGGACGAGCCAGAGGUGCUGAGAGAAUGGAGGGAGAGGCGAGAUUUACAAAUCCAGCAUCGCGAUGAGGUUGCAGCCAGCAAGAAGGCGGAGACUGUCAAGGCGGCGCAAGAAGCUAUCGACGAGUUCUACGAGAACUACAACAACAAGAAGGACAAGAACAUUGCCCAGACACGGCAAGAGGCUGAGGAAUACCUCAAGAGCCGGGAAGAUACCACUGCCGGCGGUACUAGUUGGGAGCGUAUUGCCAAGCUGGUCGACUUGACCGGCAAGGGACAGGCUGGUGGUGCUGCAGGUAGUGGUAAGGCCAAGAUGCGGGAGCUCCUUGUCAGCCUGCGGAAGGACGAGAAUGCCCCAGGUGCUACUGGCGUGUAA